AUGGUUGCUGCAGAGAUCCCGUACUGCGUGAGACACGAGGUUCUGCUAGUGACUGCCAGCCAGGCUUACAGAUACGACGAAAACGACAAUAAGAUACGACAGCAAGUGGGUGACCUAGAGGCUUGCAUACAAGAACUACAGGACAACAUCACAGAGCUACAUGUUGAAAUGUCCCUGAAGGACCAGGACAAACUGACCCAACUCCAACAGUUACACCAGCUGGAGACCAGGGUGAAGGAACUGACUGAAGAGUUUUCUCUCUGCCCCUCUUCCCCUCUCUCUUCUGUUCUGCCACAUUUGGGAUGGGAAAACCCGACCUACCGAACUGCACCCCAGUUGUCACGUCGGGACGCUACCAUCCAGAGGCUCCGACAAGACCUGCUUCUCUCACACCAGGCCCGCGAUUCCCAGAGUGCUCAGGCUGGAUGCCGGGGCUGCAUAGGGGCAGCUGGCGGCUUGGGGGGCUAUGCAGAAGCCGCAGCCAUGGUGCUGGACGUCCAGGAACAGAGACUGUGGGAGCUGCAGAGAGAGCUACAGGAGAGUCAACUGGAGCUCCAGCGAGGACACAGCCGCAGCCAGCAGCUACAGAAGGAGCUCCAGGGUGCGAGGCAGCAGACUCAGGAGCUGCACUCUCAGGUCAAAGAGCUCCUUGUGCAGGUGGAAGGGGAAAAUGAAGCUCUCCUGCAAUACAAAUGCCAACAGGCAGCUGAGGUGGACAGACUCAAUGCAGAACUGUGUUCGGUACAGAGUACAGCUUUGCAGAGAAGGAGCACUGAGGUCACAGAGGCUGAGCAGAGGUGCAGAGACCUGGAAGGAGAAGUGUUACUCCUCCGAGCCCAGCUCAGCGAGUGCCAGGACAGAGGGAAAGAUGACAGGAAGAGGGCAGAGGAGCAGAUAGAGCAGUUGCAGGAGAAGAUGUCCAGCAUGAAGACCCAACAGAAUGCUGUCUGUCAGCAGCUGCAGGAAAGGAUCUCAGAGCUGCAUGGUCUCCAGAAGUCUCAGGAGGAGCUACAGGGACGAGAGAGGGACUGGCAGAGAGAGAGAGCCGCCUUGCAAGAACAGCUGAACCACACCAAGGAUAAGCUCCACAGCGCCACCCUCAGGGAAGUAGAACAGCGGCAGAAAGAAGAACAGAUUGAUGAUCUACAGAGAGAGGUUGACAGGAUGCUGGCACGACUGGAGAAAGAGAGUGAGAAUUGUGUACAGGAAGAGGAGAUGGAGAGGCUGCGAGAAGAGCACUGUCAGCUCAAGGACAAGCUAAGGCAGAGCAAGGCUGUGACGGAGGAUCUUCAGAGGAAGCUGGAGCAGGCUGCAAGAGAGCAGGCCAGGGACAGCUCCCAGAAACACAGAGAGCUAUGGGAAUGGAGAGAGCGUUACCACCACGUCUCUGACAGACUGACUCACAAACAGGCCCAGUUAGAGGAGGCCCAGUGCGGCCGAGACCUGGCCCUCAAUAACCUGCAUCUGGAACAAGACAAGAACCAGAGCCUACAGCACAGCCUAGAGGACCUCCACACCAGGCUAAAGGAGCGUGACGAGCACUUGACAUCUCUGGGUCUAGAGACUGACUCCCUUAAACGCCAGCUGAAUGCCCAGAACCAGGAUGCCACUGCACUGCGUCAGCAGCUUCUCGCUUCCCAAGAUGCCCUGCAGCAGGUGACUGAGGAGCUAAAAUCCUGUAAAAGAGAACUGAAGGAGCAGAAGAGCCAGUGUGUGAGCCAGGAGCAGAGAUUAGCUGACAUCAGUGCUGAUCUAGUCCAGCUACAAGACCAGUACACCAACUGCUAUGCCCAGCUGGUUGAGGAGGAGACUCUGGUAGCCAAGCUGAGUUGUGACCUACAGCAGACGCAGGAGCAAAGGGACAGGCUGAGCUCUCAGGUGACUGAGUUGUAUUCUGAGUACAAGGCCAGACAGAUGGACCUGGAUCUACUCACAGAGAAACACAGAGCAGCGCAGCAGGAGGUGGCCAGCAGGGAUGAGACUGUACUGAGACUGACUACAGAGCUGAGGACAGCACAGGAACAUUUGUCCUCUGAACAGGAGGAGGCUGUGCAGGCAGGAAAAGAAGAAGUGUUGGCCUUGCAGAAGGAUAUCAGCUGGUUUCAGGAGCUCCUGAGUCAGAAAGAGAAGACUAUAGCAGCAGAGAAGCAGAGAUGUGCCCAGCUUCAGCUAGAUCGAGACAGUCUACUCUCACAGUACGACAGCCAGCGGGCGGCACUAUCCGAGUUCCAGAGUGAGGUGCAACGCUGGCAAGAGGAGGCGAAGGCCCAGAGGGAUAGCCAGGAGGAGGAGGUGCAGAAACUGAAGAGGGAGCUCCAAGAGGCUCACACAUGUCUCCAGCAGUACCGUGGAGCCAUGGAACGUCUCCGUGGUGACCUCGAGACCGCGCAGAAACAGAACAGAGAGGCAGAUGAAGAAAUGUCUCAGAGGGAGGCUUUCCUACGCACUCAGGAUGCAGAGCUUACACAGCUGAGGACAGGCUUACUGCAAGUCCAGAAGUUGGCCUCCGAUGCUGAGGCCAGACUGCAGCCUCUCACAGACUCUUUGGAUGUCUACAAGCACAAGUACCAGGCGUGUUUGAACAAGAUUUCCCAACUGGAAAACGCUUUGCAAAGCCAUGAAGAGGACCUCAAGGAUGCCAGGGCUCAGGUGGCAGAACGUGAGGACCAGAUACUGAGUCUGCACGCACAGGCUGUUGCGUUGCAAGGGGACCUGAAAGCCCAGAGCGCUCAACUGCAAAGUGGAGAUGAUGUCAUGACCACACUAAGCCAGAGGCUAAGGGACACUCAGAGAGAGCUGGAGGACAGUCACAAACACUGCCAAGAGUGUGAGCUGGUCAUCAGCACACUGAGAGACACCACUGCUGCCCUGCGCUGCCAGGUUGAGGAGCAAGAGGAGAGUGUGGUGAAAAUUCAGGCCGAUUUCUCAGUGUAUCGAGCCACUCACCGACACCCUGACUCUGACUUCGACUCUCAGUUGUCCUGCAUCCAGGACCUGGAGCGGGCGCUGUCUCAGGCUGUGGAGCAGUGUACUCUGGGUGGCCGGGAGUUGAGUGGCUGCCAGGCUGAGGUGGCCCAGCUGAAAGCAGAGGUGAGCAGGCUGAACCAGCUCAGAGACAGCAGCUUGGCAGAGAACUUGAGGCUGCAGGAGCUCGUGGAGGAGCAUCAGGCAGACGCUGUGCGUAAGGAACAAAGGCGGCAAAUGGAAGAACAGAAAGCAUCCAAACUAGAGGAGGAACUUCAGGCUGCUAAAAAACAGUGUGCCCAGAAAGAUCAGGCGAUACAGAAGAGGGACGCUCUGUUGAGACAGUCUGAGGCUGACCUGCUGCAGGCCCGAGAGAAGAUCCGCGGGCGAACAGCCGAGAUCGAGAGACAGGUCACUGCAGCACGGGCCCUGGAAGCCGGCAUUCAGACUGCAAAGAAAGAGAGGAGGCAGAAGGAGAACGAGUGUGCCGCUCUCAGAGCACAAUUACUCCAACUAAGAGACGAAGUCAAGGAGGCUCACGCCAUCUGCAGAGACACUGCCCAGGAGUUGGCGCGACAGGAGGAGAAGGUGCUCCUGCUGGAGGGUGGGCAGCAGAGAGCCCAGGAUCAGCUGGCAGAGAGGGUAUCAGAGGUGGUGAGGGCAGAACAGACUCAGAGGAGGCUCCAGGCUGAGCUGAGGAGACUGAGGGAGAAACUGGACAAAACAGAGCAGGAGCUUCAGAUCUCCAGGAGCCUGGCAGAGCGUCUGAAGGAAGAGGCAAGUAGCAGCAGGCAGGCUCAACUUGGCGCCCAGGAGGAGUGCAUGAAACAGCAGCAUGGGGCCCAGCAGCUGGAGGAGGAGCUGGCCAGCAGCAGAGAGACUAUCACAGGCCUGCAACAGCAAUUGAAAGAGCAGACUGAUGCCAGUCAGGCACUGCGGGCAGAGUUGGCACAGGAGCAAGCCAGGCAACAGAGAGAGGCCAGUCUGGAGACAGUGAGAGAGCAUCUCAGGGCCGAACUGGAAACAGCAAUCAGCCAGCUGUGCGAGCAUAAGCAGUUGGUAAGCUCUCUGCAGGAGCGUGGGUGUGUACUGCAGAGCACCACACUCAGGCUGCAGGAGGAGCAGGCUGUGUGCCAGGCCCAGCUCCAGCAGUGCCGCACAGAGCUGGAGAGCAAAGACCUGCAGAUCCAGAGACAUGACCAGGAGAUGAGUGUCCUGCAGGACACAUUGGCCCAGCUGAGGCUGAGUUUGGAGCAGGCCAGGGAGAGCAGUAGAAAGGGAACCAGAGGGGCAGUCAAUGCAGAGCAGAGAGUGAGAGAGCUGACACUGGAACUGGCCUCUGCUCAGGCCUCCCACAAAGAGAACAUGGAGUUGCUGGCUGAGCGCAGUCGUGAGGUGGCAGGGCUGCGCAGCGAUGUGUCCCGUCUGCAGCAGAGUGUGCUUAAGCAUGCAGAAGAGAGGACGGCUCUGGAGAGAAGACAACGGCAGCUGAACACAGAGCUGCAGAAACUGCGCAGUGAGAGCAGACUCUCUCAGGACCAGGCUUCUGUGUACGAGGGGCGUCUGGCUGAGUUAAAUGCCCAGCUGGCACACUCUCAGCACUGGGACCAGCAACAGCAAGCAGCCCUGGAAGCCAGAGAAGAGGAGGUGAUGAUGAUGAAAGUUGAGCUGGCCUCCCUCAGAGAGAACUACCAUUCCAAAGUUGCCCAGGUGGAAGCUUUGUAUUCACAAAUGGACGCCAUCGAACAGAAGUACAGAUCAGCAGCCAAUGAGGCAGAGGUGUUGCGGCAGUCUUUGGGAGAUGCACGGACUGAUAGCUCUCGCCUACACAGAGAGAGUGAGCUGGUGGUGACCAGCGUUGGCCAAUGGGUAAAAGAGCAAAAACAAACCAAUGAAAAACUAGGACUCAGGAUCAAAGACCAGAGUAAGACGAUUAUUCAUCUGACUGCAGAGAAGGAUCACCUGCAGGAGAACAUGGAGGCCCUGCAAGGGGAGAUCAGGCAACUGAAAGCAGAGCUGGAUGAGAGUAGAAUGGAAGCCAAGAGACUCAAGGCUGCCCAGGUGGGCAUGAGGGACCAGAACUGUGACCUCGCGCCCCCUCCCUACCAACAGCCCACAACAACAGACCUGAGAGCUGCCCAGCAGAUUGAUGUUUUAAAUCCCUCAACACCCAACAGCACAGCAGCUGCUUUUGUCCCAGCCUACGCCUGA